AUGACUGAUGUGAAAGCAUUUCUUUAUGAGAUCUGUAUUCCUGGUAUUGGUAUACUAUGUGUACUGGCUGCAGUACUGAACAUUGCUGUAUUUGUGUCACGAUUCUAUGUGAAGUCAAGAUCGGCUACUCUUGAGCUUACCUAUUCGCUAGCACUUUCCGAUACAUGGACCAGUGUUGUGAUAGCAAUUUCACUGUGCUGGAAUUCCUAUAAGCCGGUGGUUCUACAGAUACCACACACAUCGUAUUGUUUUCCACUUACCUUAGAGGCGUUUCGUACUGGUGGGCUUUUGACCGGAAUUAUUCAUUUGGUCGCGUUAGCUGUUGCACACUACCUUCAGAUUCAACGACCAUUUGAUCAUCAGAAAAUACUCUCUCUCAGAACCGUACAGCUGGUCAUAUUUUUCAUCUGGGCGGUUCCACCACUCAGUCUUUUCAUCUACUUCAGCAGUUGGCCUGAGCAAGGAUAUAGGAAUGAAGCCUGCAUUGGCAUCGCAUUCUACGAGAAUCUCUAUUUUCGCGCCCAAAUCUCACUAAUAAUAAUCGUCUUGAUGAUUACGACAAGUGUACUCUACUGGAAAAUGUUGUCAAAGGUUAGCGAGGUGCGCUCGAAAACCACAUUGGCUGCAUCGGCACGUGGUCGUCGGACGGUAGUAACUGCGACGCUGAUCUUCGGGACGUUCCUGAUUGGGUGGACUCCGGCCAGUAUACUUUUCUUGCUUACCGCGGACGGAAUGCCGCUUCAUCGAAAAUCUGGAGUACUGGUAAACGUGCUAUCAAUCGUGGUGCUGAUCAACAUUAUGGUCAAAUCCCUUAAUAAUCCGAUAAUUUAUGCAACGAGGUCAGACUUUGUUACUCUUUGUAGGAAACAGCUAUUAAAUAGAGUAUAUGAAGAUAAAGUAGAAAUUAUGAAAACAGUGAACUGUUCCGGGGCGUAUAGAGUACUGAUUUGA